UGACGCGUUCGGCGUGUUUUUACUCUCGGAGUAACACUCCUUCACCCCAGCGGCUUCCUCACUGAUAUACUCCGCGUAAAGAAGAAAGAAAACACUUCCGGCUGCUUGGAUCUGGUUUAAACCGGUUAUUCCUGAUGGAGCAUCUCGGAUUCACCCCUCCACGGUCUGCAGGCGGUGCUGGAGUCUGCACCGCUUCGACCACCAUGAGUUUGUCCAUCACUUCUACUACUGGUAGCCCGGUGGAGCUCACCGUGCCCCGAGGGGAGACCCUGGAGAGCCUGAGGACACGAAUCUCCCACAAACUCAGGCUGCAAACAGACAGGAUGGUCCUGGUGCACAGAGACAGGCACCUGACUGCAGGGAGGCUGAUGGAGCAGGGUGUAAGCGAUGGCAGCAAGCUGACUCUAGUCCCAACUAUUGAAACAGGAUUGACUUGCUGCUCGAACUCAAGAAAAACAACAGUGAUGGACAUGUUGGAGAGUUUAACAGACACCCAGAUUAAUGACUUCCUGUCUGGGCGCUCGCCUCUGGCCCUCAGCGUUGGAACUGGCGCCCACACGAUGCACGUGCAGCUCCAGCUGACACAGAAUGUGAAGAAGCUGCAGGAGGAUGAGGACUCAAAGACAUCCGACUGUUGCCCCAGCUCCUCUACCUCACAGACUUUCUGUCCAACUCUACUGUCACAUUCCUCCUCAUUGUCUCCCCACUGUAGCACUCAGAGACCCAAAGUUUCAUUAUUCUCCGCAGGUGUCUCACCUCUGAGCCGCUUUAGCCUUCACUCACACACCGAUCACGUGCCUCCUUCGCUCUCGGGUUUUCCUCAUUCCAGCUUUCUACAGCAAGCGACUACACCAGUGGGUUCAGACAAACCCAGCAGCUCCAUCCCAGAGCCUCGGAGUCCAGCAGCAGCUUCGACCUUCACACAGCCAGGAGCAGUCAUUGAGAGUUUUGAGAGUCACUCUCCAGGCGUCUUUUCUGGGACGUUUUCUGGAACACUGACCCCUUGCAGUCAAAGCGACGUCGGUCAUCCUCGUCGUGGCAUUUCAGUCAUUCUCCAAAUCCUCAAUGACCUCCUCAGAGCUGCCUACCACCACAAGGGGGCUUCAACUUCUCCUCUUCAUCACUGUCCAACCUCCAGCCCUGCAGUCAACCACCCCUCUUCAGAUGAGCCCUGCAAAGCAAGAAACAGACCACCAACUAGGAGGGCAGAACUCAAAGGUGAUGAGCUGCUGCCUUCAUCCUUAGAGGAGAUCAAUGCGCUGCAGUGUAAGUUAGAGCGUCUUCAUUUCUUGAUGCAGCGGAGGCGUCUCCGCAGGAGGACUCGGAGGAGUCCACAACUUCAUCACCCCAGACCCCGUCAACGCCAUUGUUCUAGUGUUGUCAACGAAAAAAGGUUCAGCAGGAGAGCUUCUUACCAGUAAAGGGCUGUGGUAUUUUAUGUAGUCCUCUGUGAAAUGUGUGUUAUGAGGUUUUGUCACACUCGUGUCUGUUUGGAUGCUAAUUACUUUUUUGGUUCUUGCUAGCAUUUCUCUUGGUUCCUCCUAUCUUCAGCCUCUUGGAUAAAUACCAGGUGGUUUCAAGAAGCCCUGAUGGACUGAGGGAUGAAGAAUCUGGAUGUAGGAACAAUGAAUGUAGCUGAUAAUUAUAUCAUCACACUGUAAAUAUAAAUGGUGGGGUGAUCCACUGGUUUGGGUUUCUACCUCAUUGCUGAGACCUUUAAUGUGCACAGUGCUGUCUAAAAUCAAUGUUUUUUGUCUCCAAAUCUCAUGUGUGUCUUCAUCUCAUCUCAACUCAGCCAUGGUUUUGUCUGUAUAAAAAAUAAAUUGCACAUUAAAAUUA